AAAGAAAAAAAAACUUUUUGUAUCGAAGGAAUCAACAGCCGCCAUCUUGUCGCGGACGAGCGUCAGGAUUUCGGGAGAGCAUUAUAUUAUUUUCAACGCGCCCGGCUCCAUCGGAAUCGGCCCGAAUAGCUUCCCCGCGACGGAAAAGACAAGCCUCGGGCCGAAUCGCGGAUCUUUGUGGCGAAUAUCAGCGUAAUGGAGCCGUUUUUGUGCUCGGCUGGAAAACCCCCGUAUAUCUGAUUUCCCCCUUCAGCGCGAGCGGCGCUCCUGUGCCACUCGCCUAUAUUAAAAUAUUAUUAUUUCUUAUUUUUCUUUUAUAUUUCUAGACUUUACUGAUCGGUCGAUACGGGACGGACAUGGGUCUUUAUUUUUAUUCGCAGAAAUUGAACAGACCAACGCGAGCCGCUUGAAGGAAUCUGGACUUGAUGUUUUUUUUCUCCCCUCGUCGGUUGUUUGUCGGUUUUAACGAUGAUGUAAUUUAUUUCUGCGGGGUUCGGGGUGAUCGUUAAGGUUAAUUAUGCGGGUUUUGGGUGUUGGAUUAUCAUGGGGUGAAUGGCGGUGGCGGAGCGGGGCGCUGUCGAGCCGCGUUUGAGCCCCAUCUGUUAAUUACUGGCCCCUGAUCGCUGAAUAAUAACUGAGAAACCCGAGGGUUGAUUUGAUUUAUUUCGCUUUGUCCCCCUCCCGGGCCCUCGGAAGACGCAUUUGUUGUUUUCUCGUGUUUUGUUGUUGUGAGGCGAGAGAGCACGAUGGCUGAUAAUCUGCUGGAUAUGGGUCCCUCGAGCGCGAAGCGGCCCAAACUGAACUCACCUGCGCUGUCCUCCUCCGAUACUCCAGACUUCGUGUCCUUGUUCGACUUGGAGAAUGAUCUUCCAGAUGAGUUGAUACCCAACGGAGACCUGGGGCUGAUGUCCAUGCCCUCUAAUGGAGACGGAGGGGUGGGGAGCCGGAUGGGGGGCACCGUCCCGGACGCUGCUGCCAAGCACAGGCAGCUGUCCCAGCUCCUGCAGGCAGGAAGCGGCUCUGGUCUGGCUGGAAACCACAGUCCACAGUCUGGAAUGGGUGGCCAACUGGGUGCCUUGGGGAAGAGUCCCAUGGGUCAGGGCUCACCCGGUCACCAGACCCAACCUCCGAAGCAAGUCGGCAACCCUUCCGGCAACAACAGUCCGGGUAUGGGCCUCAAUGCAGGUUUCAAUCCGGCCAUGAUGAACAAUAACAACCAGGCUCAUGGACUCAUUGGGCAGAACAUGGCUCCGCAGGGGCAGAUGAUGAAUGGUGUGAUGGGGCCGACCGGAAGAGGCAGGGCAGCUCCAGGGAUGCAGUACCAGGGUCAGGCCAUGCAGGGAGCACCAGGCGGCGGACAAGGGGUCAACGUUUCUGGCAGUGUAUUGGCGGAGACGCUUACCCAGGGUGCACCACAGAUGGGGACACACAAUGCCAUCAAUCCCCAGCAAGCUGGAAACAUGAACAAGAUGGGUCUUGCCACCGCUAACGGCCCGUUCGGGCAGCAGUACUCGCAGGGUUCGGUCCCGCAGAUGUCCAGCGCUGGAUUAAACGCUCAGAUCCAGAACAAGGCAGCUCUUCCCAACAGCCUCCAGCCCACCCUGAAGGGUGCUUCCAGCGUGCCAAAUCUGCUGCAGCAGCAGGUGCCCUCGGUGGGCAUGGUCCCGGGACAGGGGGUGUCGACGGGCCCCACGGCCGACCCAGAGAAGCGCAAACUGAUCCAGCAGCAGCUGGUCCUGCUGCUCCACGCCCACAAGUGCCAGCGGCGAGAGCUGGCUAACGGCGAUGUGCGCGCCUGCGCCCUUCCCCACUGCCGCACCAUGAAGAACGUCCUCAACCACAUGACCCACUGCCAGGCGGGGAAGUCCUGCCAAGUGGCUCACUGCGCCUCCUCUAGACAGAUCAUCUCGCACUGGAAGAACUGCACUCGGCACGACUGCCCCGUCUGUCUGCCCCUGAAAAACGCCAGUGACAAGAGAAACCAGCAGCCGAUGCUGAGCUCUCCUAACACUGGCAUGCAGGCUCCGCUGGGCCCCGUGGGCACGAGUCAACCCGCUGCACCCGCCAUGAGCAGCGGCACACACAUAGACCCCAGCUCUAUGCAGAGGGCGUACGCAGCACUGGGCCUCCCGUACGGGAACCAGCCGGCUCCACAGACGCAGGUCCCAGGACAGCAGCCCACACAGACCCAGCAGCAGCAGAUGCGCUCCAUUUCUGCAUUAGGCACUAACCAGAUGAACAUCGGCGGUAACGGUAUGACCGAUCAGACGAGCCUUCACACUGAUUCCUCUCUCCCCUCAUCCCUCAGCAAUCAGAUGAUGUCAGACGGGUCGAACAUGGGCAUGACGGGGAACCUGCCCACAGCUGCGCCGCUGUCAAUGCCUGGCAUGAAGAAGCCCUGGCACGAGCACGUCACUCAGGACUUGAGGAACCACCUAGUGCACAAGCUAGUUCAAGCCAUAUUCCCGACCCCAGACCCUGCAGCACUGAAGGACAGACGCAUGGAGAACUUAGUGGCUUAUGCGCGCAAGGUGGAAGGGGACAUGUAUGAGUCUGCCAACAGCAGGGAUGAGUAUUACCACUUUCUGGCUGAGAAGAUCUAUAAGAUCCAGAAGGAGCUGGAGGAGAAGAGAAAGUCCAGGCUGUCGAAGCCCCAAAUGGGUCCCCAGGGUCCUCAGCAGCCUGGUCUUCCCCAGCCCAACGCUAUGGGACCUGGACAAGCCAUCCGGCCUCCAAAUGGACCUGUUCCUAUGUCCAAUGUGCCAAAUCAGUUGAUGGCCCGGAUGCAGGUCCCUCAAGGAAUGGGACAGUUCAACCCCGUGACCAUGCAGAACGUGCAGAUGUCCCAGUCACCGGUGGGAGCUCCUCGGGCUGCGUCCCCUAUGACCCACCCUCCUCAGAUGGGCAUGGGUGCCGUUCCACAGAGGGGUAUGUCUCCCUCUCGGAUGCAGCAGACACCAGCCAUGAUGGGAGGCCAUCCUAACAACAUGGUGGGCCAGCCGCCCAACCAGAACCAGUUCAUGAACCAGACGCCAUUCCCAACCUCAGCCGGAGGCAUGAAUGUGAAUGUAAACCCGGCCCAGCAAUCAGGACAGACUGUCCCACAGGUGAGGAGAAAGACACGUCACAACUUCACCGUGGUUUCAUUGUUAUUUGGCUGUUUUUCCAUAGAGAUAAAAAAAAGUUAGAACUAAACCAACCAG